UCCUAUUUGUUUUCUUUUUUCUUUUUUCUGAGUUUCUGAAAAACUGAAAAAUCUAAGAUACUAAAAAGGUCAAAACUCUAUGAUGAAUCUGUGAGACAGGAACGAGGAAAUGAAGUUUCUUGCUUGAAAAUUCAAACCCCCUAGAUCUCAGUAACUUGUGUCGUUUCUGUUUCUCUUGCUUUCUGCAUCAAAGAUUUUUCUGUUUCUGUCUGAAUUAGGGUUUUGCUUCUUGCACAAAUAAAGCAAAUGGCGGAACCGGUGCCGACGGUAAUCGACGUUGAUAGUGAGCCAAAACCCAACACCCAAGACCAGCCAAAGAAAAACCUCAAGCGAAAGCGGGCAACAUCAACACCGUCGCUGUUAUGCAACAUGACGGAUGACCAGAAGGCAGCCCAAAUCGAGACCCUGAAGGACGAACUCCAGGGGCUUUUUGUCUAUUACAGACAAGAGAUGGAUCAAGAACUGGGGUUUGGGUUCGGUGCGGAUUUGGGUGGAAAUGAAUGUAAUACGCUGAAUGGGAUGGUGGGAUUGUUGAUGGAGGAGAGCCAAUUGGCGCUGUCCAAAUUGGUGGAGGAGAUACAUGCAAAGUUGUCCAAGGAGAGAUUGAAGGACAAUGUGACUGUUACGGUGGCGGUGGUGAAGACUGCGGUGUUGUUUGUGGGGCAGAGAAUGAUGUACGGAGUGCCCAAUGUCGAUGCUGAUGUUUUGGAAGAUGAGAGUCAGGAUUGUCUCUGGUGUUGGGAGACAAGAGAUCUAAAGGUGAUGCCAAAAUACUUGCGUGGAACUUUAAAAGUUCGGCGGAUCUGUCGGAAAAAGAUUCAUGAGAGAAUCAGUGCUGUGUCUGCUAUGAUAUCUGCAUUACAAAACUCGGAGACUUAUCAGAGUUGCAGAACUGAUUUAAUGAGAGCAUCAGGAAAGCUUGCUAAAGCUUUAAAAGAGGCAGAAAUUCGUUCAUUAGUGGAUGGAACGUUACAGAAGAAUGGUACAGUGAAGGCUGAUCAGGAAGCAAAACUAGAACAGAAAGUGCUCAUCAAGCAAUUGGAGAAAAAUAAACGAGAAGUUGAAAAGGAGAAAAAGAGGAUGGAUCUUGAGCUUCAAAAGGAAAAGAGGCAAAUUGAAAAAGAGCAGAAGCGAUUGCAGGAGGAGGCAGAAAAGGAUGAAAAGCGCCGCGAAAAAGAAGAGUCUGAAAUGAGGAGACAACUAAAAAAGCAGCAAAAGGAAGUUGAGAAAGAACAACGGCAUAAAGAGAAGGAAGAAGCUAAAAUGAAAAGGCAAAAUGCUAUAAAGAAGCAAGCUUCAAUAAUGGAACGCUUUCUUAAAAGAAGCAAAACUGAUUCCCCAUGCCAAAAUGAGGGAACUUCAAUUGAAGAAACCGCACCUGUUUUGUCAGGCAAGAAGAGUGAGAAGAUGCCUGAGGCAGUUACCAUGGCAAUGGAUUGUACUCUGUCAUCAAACGAUGAUAUUAGAAUUGAUGAUAUUCGCAAGCUGCACUUAUCUUCUUGGCAUCACCUAGGUCAUGCUAUUCGUUCAAAUAGGAAGCAGCAUUGGAGCAUUCGUCAAAAGCCUAAGACUGAAUUAUUUAAGGAACUCAAGCUAACUACUGCCAGAGAACUUUCUCACGAUGGUGAGUUGAUUGUAGAGAAGCUUGAAAGUGAAUGGGGGGAACAGUCUUCUGAUGAUAGAUUAUGUGCAACAAAUUUAGAGAGUUCUCUGAAUGAUAAAAAAUGGAAAAGGAGAAAGAAGCUGUUGCAGUUUGAUAAGAGUCAUAGGCCUGCAUUUUAUGGUAUUUGGCCGAAGAAAAGUCAUGUUGUUGGACCGCGCCACCCUUUUAGGAAGGAACCAGACUUGGAUUAUGAUGUUGACAGUGAUGAAGAAUGGGAAGAGGAGGAUCCUGGUGAAAGCCUCUCAGAUUGUGAUAAGGAUGAUGAAGAACAGAGUUUAGAGGAAGGAUGUUCGAAAGAUGAUGAAGAAGAAAGUGAAGAUGGCUUUUUCGUACCUGAUGGAUAUCUCUCAGAAAAUGAGGGAGUACAAGUUGACAGAAUGGAAACUGAGCUUUCAGUUGAGAAGGCCAGAGGUUCGCCUAGUAGUAAGCAAGACUCGGAGAGUGAAGAAUUUUGUAAAUUGCUUCAACAACAAAAGUAUCUGAACAAUGUGACAGAGACGGCACUAAGGAAAAACCAACCCUUGAUUAUAUUGAACCUAAUGCACGAGAAGGUCCCAUUGUUUGUGGCAGAAGAUUUAACAGGUACUUCUAAAUUGGAAUGGACAUGCUUGGAAGCUCUUAGAGUGCGUAAAUUCCCUGGUGGGCCAUCUAUGGAGAUAUCAACAGUCGAUAUACAAGCAGAAGCUCGAGAAGCUUGUGUUUCAAAUGGCAAAACCAAUAGUACACAUGUCUCACCUGCAGCAGCCAUACCAGAGUUAGAUAUGCCUAUAGUUGUUUCUACUAUUCAGUCUUGCUCGCAGAGUAUCAACAAGGUCGUCGAUUCCCUCCAGCAGAAGUUCCCUACUGUCUCAAAGUCUCAAUUAAGAAACAAAGUUCGUGAGAUAUCAGAUUUUGUGGACAAUCGCUGGCAGGUCAAGAAAGAAGUUCUGAACGAGGUUGGCAUAUCAAUAUCACCGCCAGGUAAGAGCAGGGGAAGGAUGCCAAAUAUUUCCACGUUUUUCUCAAAGAGAUGCUUGCCUCCAACUGGUAAAAGCAUGAAUCCCAAUGAGAAUUCUCCAGAGUCGUCUCUGAAAGCUGGUUGUUCUGAAGUGGAAGGGCAACGGGGUUGCACCUACUCUCAGCCGUAGCCUCCUAACCUUGCUGAUUGAUGUUAACCUUUUUGCUUGUAAUUACAUUACAUAAAUUCUCCCAUGAAUGCUUAAUGUCGGUAAAUUGUCAUACAUAACGAGACUAACAAGUAACAAUUCUUGCAGCUUUGGCUAUGUGAUUUUACGUUUUAUCUAGGUGUUGUAUUUUUCGUUUGCACUGAAAUUACAUCGAUGGAGGGCUAUUUUAUUU